AUGGGUUCGUCGAAAUCCAAAGUUGUGCCUGUGACAUCCGAGGAUAAAAUUGAGGAGCAAAAUGGCAGCAGGUCUGUGACAAGCUGCUGGGGCGGAAUCAAACAACUCUUCUCGAGGAACAAUAAGGUUGUUCCAUUGGCAUCGGAGAAUGAAGCCGACAUUGAGGGUGACGAUGAUGAGGAAGUUGAGCAGACGACCAACACUGCUCAAGAGGCUCCCGCAGUAGCCACCGUCACCAUCGAGCCCGCAGAGAUCAAUCGCAAAGCUGUCAUCGUGAUUGGUCAGAAAGAUGAGCCAAUCAGAAGCAAGGAAGUAAAACCCAGCCCUGUGAUUCGCCAGAAGCGUGUGCGGCGAGUAAGGAGGGCCCGCCCAUCAACCUCCUACACACCAGACAUCCGGGUUUCAACCGGUUAUUUUCUGUAUUAUCAUCGCCUGGUCAACGAUGAGAGCGAGAACGAGUCCUCUGAUGAUCAAUCAACUACCGAUGAUGAUUACGAGGAUGAUGCCGACGUCGAAUCCGAUGUCGAUGAGAUCGAUGACAGAAUCAGAGUCCACAGAUUUACUCACAAAGUGACUCGCAAGUCGAAGGGCAAGGGCAAAGGCAAAGGAGGCAAAAUCAAGAGCUGCAAAGACAAGGCUGCCGUGAGAAAUGAGACACGCCCUGUCAUUGGUCAAUUGAUGAGGGAGAAGAUGGACGAUGACGUCAUCAGCCAGACAGAUGAGAGUAGCAGCCGCUAUCCCUCCAGCGAGCCCAUCGCCAAUGACGUCACGAGUGGUGACAAGGCAUCCUCCGAGGUCGACGACCUCUUCGUUGACGAGAACCACGACCUGUUCGUCGACGAGAACGAAGUCAUGUUCAUGAUCUCGGUGUCCUGGAUCAUUCACAUCAUCAUCUGCUUCCACCUCCUCUACUUCUUCACUGACAUCGCCAAGGCUUUGGAAAAUGAGAACGAUGAUGAUAGUGAUGAUGAUGUCGACGAUGAGGGAGUAGCAGCCGAGGUCGUUGAUGAAAGGAAGGCCGUCGUCGAGCGUUUGGAGACAAGUGAUCUUACUCCGCCGGGCCAUCCAGUAGAGGUCGUCUACGAACAAGACUUUGAGACCGAGUCUGAGACCAACAUCGACCAGCCCUCGACCUCUUACAAGCGAGAUAAACACGCCACCUACGACUUCCUCGUCCAUAAACGUUUUAUGGAUGUGUCGAGUGAUGAGUACAUCUGGUAG